AAUAAUAAUAAUAAUAAUAAUAAUAAUAGUAGUAGUAGUAGGCUAGUAGUAAUAAUAAUGCUAUUGAAGUACAUUUCAGGACCAAAAACACGGCAAUUGUUUUCAAAUUAUCGGGUAGGGAUCAGCUUUUACUGUCUACUUUAUCAAAGGUUACACAUAUGGAAACAUAUCUACCGCCGACACACGAUUUAUCGUUGUUCCUCCUCAGUUUACAAAACACUCAGAUAACAUCUCCACAACCGCUUCAUCUUACGCAAUGCAAACUAGAACGAGGCUGAUUAAACAUAAUUCAUGCCUGAUUCAUGGGAAUACAUCAAUGACUUCAUUAUUGCCGCAAUUAUUUGGUUAGGUGGGUAGCUAUUUUUUCUUUUUAAAUUUUAGCUGCCCUUUAACAGAUUUCCAAAUUGUACAUGGAUUGAUUUGUAGUUUAAGCACCGAUUUCACGUUAAAACUGUUAAUGUAAGAAUUAAAAUAUUAAAGAAUGAUUCUUUGUUCGACAACAACGUGUACAUGUAGCCUAAGGACACGGAAACAGACGAGGCGUAAAUACAUGACGCAUAGGGUUGGGUGUUUUACCACCCUUCAAAUAUAACUCUGCUUGGGGGCCAACAUUUUCUAAGUUCAUCAUGGAUAAGGAGACAGACAGCUCCGUCUUAAAAGAAGGGUUCCUUGUGAAGCGGGGACACGUCGUUCACAACUGGAAAGCCCGCUGGUUUGUGCUGCACCGAGACAGUCUCAUUUACUACAAGUACGAUGGAACUAAGAAAGACUCCUCUCAGCGCGGAAAGAUCACUUUGUGUACCUGCGUUGUCACCUGCCCAUACCUGGAAUACGAGAACAGACCUCUGGUCAUAAGGCUGCAGACUCAGAACUCCGCGGAGUAUUUCCUCGAGGCCUGUUCGCGGGAGGAUCGGGAUGAGUGGGCAGCAAGCAUUAUUUCAGCAGUACAGAAGCUACUCCCCCGGGAUGGUCAGAGUCAAUCUGCCGUAUCUAAAGGACCCAAGACACUGCAACUCCACAAUAUCAGCUUGAAUCAGGUGGUAGACUCCAUGUAUGAUGUUCACAACGGCAUCAAGCUCACCAGCCACAUAGAGCAGGGCAGCUCCUACAGCAACUGCUUUUCAGGCUCAGCUGUAGUAGACUGGUUGCUGUCUAUGCAGCUGGUUCUUACACGGGUGGAGGCAGUGACUCUAGCUUCGGCACUGUUGGAAGAGGGCUUUGUGCGUCCAGUGGGUUUGAAGAGCGUGGAAGCUGUUCAUAGCAUCGGGCUCAACGAGCAGUUCUUGGAUGACUCCACUGCCCUCUACAGUUUUGCUGAAACGUUUAAGAAGAGAGGCAGUGUGAAAGCAGAUACUUCCUUAACUGCCGUGGAAAUGAGUGGUAAAGUGCUGAAAAGAGGCUUCUUGCUUAAACAGGGCCAUAAGAGAAAGAACUGGAAGGUGCGUCUCUUCGUUCUUCGUGCAGAACCAGGGUACCUGCACUACUACGACCCUAGUAAAGAUGACAUCAAUCCCGUAGGCGGCUUUUCCCUAAGAGGCUGUCUUGUGUCUGCUCUGGAUGAUAAUGGCAUUCCCUCAGGUGUAAAAGGUAAGGUGCAAGGAAAUCUGUUCAAAAUCAUCACUCAAUCAGACACACGCUACUUCAUCCAGGCCCCAACCAGACAGGAGAAGACGGAAUGGAUAGAAGCCAUUAAGCAACAAACUUAAAAGAAAGCUAAGGGAAACGAGUGAUAUUUAAGGUCAAAGGAUACGAAAAGAGUAAAUAAAGUCCGCAGAGUUUCUAUGUAACAUAAAACAGGCAUCUCACUGAACAUCUUAAACCAUCCUCGUUUAGUCUGAUGGACCCACCUUUCUUUGUUAUGCAAAACCGAUAAGCUUGUACUUCUUGUUCAGAAAAACACCACACUGAUAAGUUAGAGGUUGAAUGAGCAGUGCUAUCAUUAUACAUUCUAUGAAUGUACCAGAACCAAAUUGCUACAAACUUGACAACUGAGAUGUGUUAUUUGGGAUAUAUACCAUAUUUUUUCUGUGAUUAAAAUGUUGGUGUCCAUUUAUAAAUUGAACUCGUUUACAGCAAUUAGCGUUCUAUCCUAAAAUAAAAUUGAGUUGAGUUUUUUUGCCCAAGUACUAAAUCCUUUAACAGUGCUCUUGCUCCUCAUGUAAUGUAGCAAUGAAUUUAUUUCCAAAACUACUUUUUACCUGGUUGAAAAGAGUAAUUCUGAGUAUAUAUCCUGGCCUUAUUUAUUGCUAAUAAAUAUUAAUUUUUUCUUGCCUUUUUAUAUAGAGCUACUACAUUUCUCAAUAACAGUCUGAGUAUUUGUUGGAAAAACAAUAAUGUUACUGUGUACUGUGUUUUAGACAUUGAGUGGGUUAAACUAUUUUAUUCUUAAAAUCUGUCAAUAAAAUGUAAA